UAAAGUUUCUCUGGACCCUCCAUGCAAACUGUCAGCUGAAGACUAACUGGGAAAAUCCUUUGGCUGUGUGAGAAUUGGGGCAGCAGUUAAAAAAUACCAACAACACCAAGGUGAAAUAAAUCUAGUGGUGAAUAUCUGCAGCAACGACUCGAUAAAUCCGCCUUGCAAUCCGAGACAACACAAGGGAAUAAAAACAGAAACGCAGGAGUACAAGUCAAGCUGGAGCAUCAGAGACGAUAGUUGGGACCUGAAAACAUUGCUACGUAUUUGUGAUAACAAAAGACAGCCUGCAACCUGCUGCCCCCGCCUUCAAGGUGCCUUUACCAUGGUGACACUAAAAGAAUCAUACACUUUACAAUAAGCCAGAGGGAAAAACUCCUUGUUACAGUUGCAUUGCCUCACUUUCAGCAUCAUCUUGAUCACUUUGCUCCCACGACGGCGCUAACCCGGUGCAGCCAUGCAUCUAGAAGUGAAGGUCGCCCUCAACUUCAUCGUGUCCUACCUGUACAACAAGCUGCCUCGGCGUCGAGCUGACCUGUUCGGCGAGGAGCUGGAGAGGAUACUGAUGUCUCGUUUUGAGGGUCACUGGUACCCUGAGGCCCCUCUCAGGGGCUCCGCCUUCCGCUGCAUUCACCUGGGAGCGCCGAGGGACCCCGUGGUGGAGUUGGCCGCCAAGAGAAGUGGACUGGACACGGAGGAAGUGCGUGCAAAUGUUCCUGCGGAGCUCAGUGUUUGGAUUGACCCUUACGAGGUUUCCUACCAGAUUGGAGAGAAGGGGGCGGUGAAGGUUCUCUACCUGGAGGACCCCCCAGGCCUCGGCUGUGACAGCGAGAGGGCUGAGGGGGUGAUCAGAGAGGGUAAAGGAGAUGCAGAGGCAGAGGAGGCCAAGAGUCUGGGCUUUAACCCAGAAGCUCAGGUGUUUGUCCCAAUAGGAAGCCAGGCAUCUCCCGCCCUCAUGCCUUCGCUCUCCAGCUCUCCCACACCUCUAUCUGCCCAGUCCUGCCCCGGCCUCUUCAGCUACCCCAGCUCCAGCACACCCACCGACCCUGCUGCCCACUCCUCAAACACCUCUACCCCUUCACCUCCCAGCGGCGGGCUGCCCUACCUCUCCACUCAGCAGCCACCCUCCGCACUUCCCACCGCCCGUCCUCAGCCCAUCACCUUUACCACCGCCAGCUUCGCCGCCACUAAAUUCGGCUCGACCAAGAUGAAGAAGUGCAGUGGGGCCGGGUCGGCAGCUAGCUCUGGAGUCGUCAUACCACCUGCCCAGAGGAUGCUCACGCGCUCUCCCACCACCAUCUCAGCUCCAGAGCUGCUCAAGCACAAGCCCCUGUCUCUCUCCUUGCACUCCCUCGGAGGUCCCAUCGCCAGCCAGCUCUCUCCCAACGCCAAAGAGUUUGUCUACCCAGGAUCCCCAGGCCCGCUUUACUUUGAUGCUGACACCCAGCCCAUGCAGCCCCAUGCCAGCCCAUUUCAACCCCCCCACACUGUCAACACCCACCCGUCCUUUGACCCCUUCUCCAGCCCUCCCCCCGCCCAGAGCGUGGGCAUCAUUGGCAGCAACGGAGGAAUCUCCUACAUGGAGAAGCCGCCGUUUGUCGAGGGUUUAGGAAGCUACAACCUGCAAUAUCCUAGCCAGUCCUUCCAGCCUGUUGUGCUGGCCAACUAAGCCUUCAUUUGUAACGAUAAGAAUUGUCAGAGGAGGUGGGUUUUGGACAAUGAUGCUCCAGAUAUUUUCAGUUUUUCUAACAAAUUGUUCUAAUACUAAUACAAGUUAAGAAUUAGUUUUACUACAAAGAUUUAAAAUACCACGUCCACUGAAUAAUUCAUGUGAUUUGUUUCGUUCCUCCAACCCCACCCUGCCCUUUUGUCCGUUGCCGUUACUCAUCACGUUCUGUGUGUUGGCUCUGAUGACAGGAGUGGGUGGGGUGGGGGGUGAGUUCCUUUCUACCUUGAGUCGUUGCCAAUCUCUUUAUGUUUAUUAUUUAGCAUUGAAUGUUAAUGUGAGGGGCUUUUUUCCCCUUGACUUGUAGUUUAAUGGACCCGGCUCUAGUAUAGCUCUGUUUUUGCACUGCACUGUCAUGCUGUGAAAAAGGACCUCGCCAAGUCCUGCAGGGAACGACGGCUGUGGAAAGCUCAGCACUUUGCUCUGCAAUCUGCUCUGCCCUACUUGCCACAAAUACAGAGAGGGGGGCUCUGCUGUCUCUGUGUGUGUAGUCCUGUUCUGUUUUGUUGUGGCUCAGCGUGAUGGAGAGACUCAUUGUUUGUACGGUGGGCCCCGUUACCCUUGAAACGCACUCGUGCGCGGGCACAAUUUGACUCUGUUGUUGUCACGGGGCGCAUAUUGGAAGCAGUUUAUCGUCAGCUGGAAUGCGUACAUGACACGGGUUUAAAUGAAGUGGGAGCAGCGGAGGGAGCAGAAGGGGAGCAUUGGGGUGGUAAGGGAGUGAUGUAGUAGAAUGUAUUGUAUCUGUCAGGGGAAGCUGCAGCUGGAAGGUCAGGGAAACCUUGGGGAAUGUGAAAAGCAAGUCAAUUUUUUUGCAUUUUAAGACAAUAACACUGCACUGAUACCUCAAUUAUACACACUGGGAUGUAAGUUAUGAUCUCAUACAUGAAUUCAAAUGGACGCACACAUGCAGAAACGUGCACAUGCACACAAUUCCAAUCAGCAGUGUGUGAAGGUGAAGAGGCAUAGGGGAUGCAACAGGGAUUGUGAUAAAUGGCUUAGCAUGACUUUGACUAUGAAGGAGAGGUUUUCCUCUGCAUGGGGAGGAGAGAGGAGAGAUGGGAGAGAGGGGAAGACCAAAGGAAAGGGAGAGCGAAGCAGUUAGAGGGUUGUGUUGCCUCGGUGGCGUCCAGGCUGUAUUGGCUUAGAGAGCGACACUUUAAAACCCAGAACACGUUUCUGGUGAGCUUAAAUGGUAUUGAAGCCAAAGGCUCACACUGUUCUCUCCCUCCUCUUGAAAUUCUUCACUGAUCUUUUCUCUUCUGGCUGUUAACAAAGGAAAACCAGAGUGAUACAGUUCAGGUUGUGUGUUUUUCCGCAGUUACGUGGACAAAGAUGAAUGUGGUGUGUGGCUUUUGUGGCUUUAUUGGAUAGCGUGUCAGAUCUGUGGAAGUCUCUCGUCCCUAACAAUGGUUUGUUUACCAGCCGGGUCCAUGUGAUUGUUGGUUAGUCACUACAGGGAAGGGUAACUCUCAGAUGUCCGUUUGAGCUGUCCGGCACUUUAUUACUGGGCUGCUGAUGCUGCGUGUCGCCCACAGACACGAGCGAUACGCCAUUCCUUCGCCCUCUGUUUGGUAACAAUUAAUUCAGCUGUCAUGAAAUGCUUUAGAGAUUCAAACAGGAGCUUAAUUUGUAUUCAAAUGCAUCGUGCUGGUGAGGAGAUGCUGUUAGUCCCGUCCGUUUAUUUGAAUGUUUGCAAGUACCCAUAAAUGUUUUUGUAUAAGACGACCCGAGGACCCUUGACUUGUGCUCACGCUGGUUUUUGCAAUGUGACAGCUUGUCAUAUGCAUGCAAGAUUUUAUUUCUUUUUUUUUUUUGUUUCUUUUCAAGGGAACGGGGUGGGGAGGUACACAUCUCUGUAAAUGUUACGAUUGUGAGGGAAAGAUGCAUUUAUAAUUUUCUUGUUUUGUAAUUUAUUUCCAAUAUUUCUAUAUUUUUGUUUUUGCAAAAUGAUCACUUAACAUUUGUAUGAGUAAGACAUGACGAGUCCAGGAAUAUGUAUAUACAAAGUUCUUAUGUUCAGAUUCUUUGUUUAGUUUCUUACAUGCUGAGGUUAUUUUUUCAGAAAAUAACGUGAAUAUAUGCAAACCGAGACAAAAAUAAAAAGAUGUACAGAAUAAAAAGUAUUGAAUGUGUAUUGUACCUUGUACAGCAUUUGUCUAAUAAGACGGGUAAAUGUAUUCAUUCUUCAAGUUGGAGUUGAAGUUCAAGAUGUGAAUGUUUACAGUGGGAUUGUGUAGGAAAAGAUGGCUGAUAUCACUUUUCUCUCUCUGUGCUCCCAGGGCAGUCUGACAACACUACUCCCAUAGGCAGUACAUUUAAACCAAAAAUCUCCACAUUUCAGAUUUAAUUUAGAGUGCAUAGAAUGUCCAUCUCCCCGUUUUAUGUGAAUUCACUGCAUAUUGUGUCAUCGCCCCGCUUAUUUUUGCCCCUGAAAUUGUCCAUCACCCAGUUUUUUCCCCUCUUUGUUUUUUUUUUAAAGGAACAGCGUGUAAGAUUUAAGGGGAUUUAGUAGCAUCUACUGGGGAGGAUUGCAACCAGCUGAAACUUUUCCCAGUUAGAAUUUCUUAAGUAUUUGUUGUUCAGGAGGUUUUUAUCAGGAGCCAAAUUAAAACCAGUAAAAACACUGAGCAGUUUCACAUAUACAAUCAGUGUUUCUCAGUCGCUGUUUGGCAUCUCGGAGAGGGGCCAUGAGCCCAACACCUGCCAGUGUGGCUCAGUUUUUGUCUCUGAUAACUUACUGUUUGCUCACCUAAUUUCUGAUCCAGACGUUUAGGAGGUUUUUACCAGGAGCUGAAUUAUCCACAGAGGUCUCUUCCUCUCUAAACAAGCGGACCAGGUGAUUUAAACAGAUCAAAACACUGAAUUAAGCAGUUUCAGGUUACAAAUUAGUGUUUCUCCAAUGCUGUUUGGCAUGUUGGAGACAGGCUGCUAGCCCAGCACCUGCGAAUGUGUGCUCACCUUUUUUCACUGAUAACUUAACAUCCAGAUGUUUAGGAGGUUUUAACCAGGAGCCAAAUUAUCCAUAGAGGUCUUUUCCUCUCGAAAACAAAAGGACACAGUGGUUUAAACCAGUAAACACACUGAAUAAAGCAGUUUCACUUUACAGAUCAGUGUUUCUCCUAUGCUGUUUGGCAUGUCACCUUUUUCUCUGAUAACUUAAGAUCCUGACAUUCAGAGGUUUUUCCUAGGGGCCAAACUAGAUAAAUUUAAACUGAUAAAAACAUCAAGUGAAGCAGUUUAACGUGAAAGAUAAAAUAAAAUCAGUGUCUUUCCAACGCUUGUGUCGCGAAGUGGCUUCUAACUACAGUGGACGACACAGAUAUGUGAAUGGCCUCAUCUAGAGCCGGUGUUUGAUUUGACCGCUCUGGGUUACUGCGAAACAAAGACCCACUCCAUGUGUAGAUAUAAAUGGCUCAUUCUAAGCUAACAAAAACAAUUCUUAUUUUCAGGUGAUUAUACACUAAAGCAGUGGUUCCCAACUGGCUCAAGGUCCACACAGUUUAAUACCUUCAGCGUCAUACUUGCGUUUGGCCAUGUCGUCGAGCUAGUUUGCCAUUUCUGUCAAGUAGCUGUCCGUUAGUCACUCAUUCUACAGCAGGAAACAGCACUUCAGAUAUGCCAGAAAUCCACUGUAAUUCAGAAUAAAGUUGUUGUUUUUUGUUUUUUUUUACAAAUUUGACACGUUCGUGAGUCACUUGCAGGCCAUUCAGAAUGGACCAACGACCCACCAGUUAGGAGCCACUGUACUAAAGAAAACAUACUUCUGCAAAUAUAUCCACCUAAAUCCUACACAGUGGACCUUUAAAUAAUUUCACAUCAACACUAACACUCCUAUAUUCGCCUGUGUGCGACUACAGUACCUGACCCCAGAUUUAUAUGAACAAAAUGUUAUUUUACCUCCCUCGUAUUAUAUAUUCCAUCAGAUGUUACUUUUCCUCACCCCAUUUUUUUUUGUCCUCUCCUCCCCAUCAGCCUGGUCCUUUGGUCCUGAUACUAUAGCCAUAUCCCAGACUGUCUUUGCUUGCACAGAUGCUCACCCUUCUCCAGUGCAAUGUAAUGCCAUAAUUUAAAUUACCCUGAAGGAUUUAAGGGGUUUCUACCUCUCUGCACCCGGAAAAAAAAUAAUUAUAGUAUAUCUCCUCAAUAGGACGACAGUGUUACGGCAGGUUCAGAAGGGACGAAGGAAAUGAAUGUGCUGUGAAUGUGAUCUGAUGUUCGUCAACCCUGGUUGAGAUGGCCUGCGGAAAAUACAUGAGGCACCUGUUCAUUUGUGUGUCUGUGAGUGUGUAGAGAUUUUUAGUCACGUGCAUGUCCAAAUUGUCCAAGUGACUCCUUUUUUCUUUCCCCACAUCUGUCAGAUUAUUCAGAGCAAACGAGGUGAGUUAUUAAAUUUCUUCUGCAUACAAAUCAAGCUCUCGAGGUGAGAGAUCUGAGGAUGUGAGCAAUUACCGUAAAAGCUGUUUUGCCCUCACAUCUUUUAAGAGUGAAUGCCAGUCUGUGUUUUACACUUGAAAAGAACACAUCAGAUAGUGUUUGAAACAUCAACUCUCAACGCAGGCUGCUCUACAAUCAGGGUUGAACACUGACGAAGAGGAAAAACAAGAAUUUUGUAUUCUGAUGUCCUUUGCUUAUAUCGACGUGUGCGUUUUAUUUUGCACUUUGGAAUAUUUCAUUGUCAUAAAAGAAGUUUAUUUUCUAUGUAAAAUUUAACAUUUAAGAGUCAGAUAGAUAUAAUUAAAAGUUCAGAUGAUGUAUAAAUAUAGUGCUUUCUUUCCUGCCUGUAUUUUAUUAUUUUUUUCCUAUUUUGUAUCUGAUCUGUACACCCUGUAGAUGUGUAAUGAAUCUUUCACUACUGAAAUGCAAUGACCUGUUUUCUGUGCUGCCCCUCGGGAAUGGGGAGUUACUACUGCAGUUUCUUAUUGUAUCAGAUUCUUUUUUAAGUUUGUAAUAAAAAAAAACAGAUUGGCAAAAAAUAAGCAUGGAAAAUAAGCUAAUUGUGUCAUCCUCGUUUGUGUGCGUGCGGAGCU